GCGGGCGGCGGGAGCCCUCCCUCCCUCCUCCCGCAUGCCCUUCCCCGCCGCCCCCUCACCUCCGGAGGAGAGCGCCCGCAGUGGACAGGUCGCUGCCCCGGCCCGGGCGGGCUCCGGCCGCCUCCGCAGGUGGGCCAUAUUAUUUGGAUGUCUCGUUCUCAUUAGGCAGAAUGCCUUAUGUUUAAAAGUUAACCACUGUCUGAAGACUCUGAGAUCCCAUCUUACCCUCUUGCCUGGUAAUUCCUUCUGCUGGCCUUUGUAUGUGGACCACCUUCUGUCCUGUUCAGGCCAUAUAAAUUGUGACUUAAAUGUAGGCUCUCAAUCUGGUAUAAAGCUGAUGGGUGGGAGCAAAGGUAAAGAAUGAUGUAAUGCAGCAGCAGCCAGAAAGCAUCUUUUGUGUGAAUUGUGAAAUGGCUACUCCGUAGUCAUCUCCCGAUGAAUCAGACGCGAGGGGCCGCUUUGUGGAGCCAACCCUUUGUACAUCAACUGGAAGCAGGAGGAGACGCUCAGCCCAACAGCUCUUUCUGAAAAUGGAUUUAACUUUUCUUUUGCCAGUCACUACCAGCAUGACCUCAUACACUUCUAGUACAAUGGUGUGGCUAAGCCUUUGAGUACACAGCCAUUACAUCAUCGCAGCAAAUUAGAGAGGGCGGUGGGGAAAGAGGCCUCGUUGUUGUCAUGGCCCAUGAGAUGAUCAGGACCCAGCUCAUUGUGGCCGAGAAGUUGGUGGCUUUGCUGGAGAGUGGGACAGAGAAGCUGCUGCUGAUUGAUAGCCGCCCCUUUGUGGAGUACAACACCUCCCACAUCCUGGAUGCCAUCAACAUCAACUGCUCCAAGCUCAUGAAGCGCAGGCUGCAGCAGGACAAAGUUUUGAUCACAGAGCUCAUUCAGCACUCAGCAAAACACAAGAUUGAAAUUGAUUGCAAGCAGGAAGUGGUGGUGUAUGACCAAAGUUCUAAAGAUGUGACCUCUCUCUCAUCUGACUGUUUUCUUACUGUGCUCCUGGGCAAACUGGAGAAGAACUUCAGCUCUGUGUAUCUGCUUUCAGGUGGAUUUGCUGAGUUCUCCAGCUCUUUCCCUGGUCUCUGUGAAGGAAAAUCCACACUCAUCCCUACUUGCAUUUCUCAACCCUGCCUACCUGUUUCCAACACUGGCCCAACUAGAAUCCUGCCUCAUCUCUACCUUGGGUGUCAGCGAGAUGUCCUCAACAAGGAGCUGAUGCAGCAGAAUGACAUUGGCUACGUCCUGAAUGCCAGCAAUACUUGUCCAAAGCCUGAUUUUAUUCCAGAAUCCCAUUUCCUCAGAGUGCCUGUGAAUGACAGCUUUUGUGAGAAAAUUUUGCCUUGGUUGGAUAAAUCAGUCGAUUUUAUAGAAAAAGCAAAAGCAUCCAAUGGCCGUGUGCUGGUGCACUGUUUAGCUGGGAUAUCUCGCUCUGCCACAAUUGCCAUUGCAUACAUCAUGAAAAGAAUGGAUAUGUCCUUGGAUGAAGCUUACAGAUUUGUGAAAGAAAAGAGGCCAACCAUUUCUCCCAACUUCAACUUCCUGGGCCAGCUUUUGGAUUUCGAGAAGAAGCUCAAGAACCAGAGCGGUCAGCCUGGCCACAUCAGCAAGCUGAAGCUCCUGCACUUGGAGAAGAGCAGCGAGCAGGUGCAGGUGCUGGAAGGGGGGCUCCAGAGCAGCCUCUCCCCCGGGCAGCUCUGCCUCUCCGCCGCCCCGGAGCUGCUGGAGCCCAAGGCCACGGAGGGCGGCGCGGCCCCCCGCGGGCACCCGGCCCCGCUGGAGGACGGCCCGCUGCUGCAGGGCAUCAACGGGCUGCACGUCUCCCUGGACAAGGUGGAAGACAGCAACCGGCUGAAGCGCUCCUUCUCCUUGGAUAUCAAAUCCGUGUCCUACUCGGCGAGCAGCAGCUGCGUCACCGCAUCGGUGCAGGGCUUCGCCUCCUCCGAGGACACGCUGGAGUACUACAAACACGCGGCUGGGCUGGAGGGCAGCAGCAAGCUGUGCCAGUUCUCCCCCGUGCAGGAGGUGUCGGAGCAGAGCCCGGGGAGCAGCCCCGACAAGGAGGAGGCGGCCCGGCCGCAGGAGGCCCCGGGCCCGUGGCCGCUGGACAGCCCGGCCUCACGGCCGCACCCCCGGCCCCUGCUGUACCCCCUGCACCGCAGCGGCAGCGUGGAGGACGCCUACAGAACGAACUUCGUGUUCGGGCUCUCCAGCAGCCAGCAGCACCUGGCCAAGUCCGCCGCGGGGCUGGGCCUCAAGGGCUGGCACUCGGACAUCCUGGCCCCGCAGCCCUCGUCGCUCACCAACAGCUGGUAUUUCGCCGCCGAGUCCUCGCAUUUCUACUCGGCCUCGGCGGUGUUCGGGGGCGGCGCCGCCUUCCCCGCCUACAGCUGCAGCCAGCUGCCCUCGGGCUGCGAGCAGCCGGGCGCCGUGCGCCGCCGGGCCCGCCAGGCCGACCGCGGCGACUCCCGGCGCAGCUGGCACGAGGAGAGCUCCUUCGAGAAGCAGUUCAAGCGCAGGAGCUGCCAGAUGGAGUUCGGGGAGAGCAUCCUGUCGGACAACAGGUCCAGAGAGGAACUGGGCAAAGUGGGCAGUCAGUCGAGUUUUUCAGGCAGCAUGGAAAUCAUUGAAGUGUCCUGAGGGGCGGAGGCUCGCGUGACUGCGGCGGAGCCGCUCCCCCAGCGUGUGAGAGGUCCCUGUAAAUCUGAAACUUUGGGGAAAAAGGUGGGGGGAAGAAAGAACCGGAGACUUUCCUGGGAGCCAGGAAAAGGGUGGUACUGCAGGGAAGCGACCACGGCCUCUGCCCGAGGAGACCAAGGUUGCUGCUGGGUUUUCUCCUCCCCUCUCCGGGAGAAGGGUACAACAUUUCACAGACCUUUCCCUGUCAGAGGAAGCAAUUCCGUGCAACGGAUUGCCCAUCCUUUCAGUGGCUUUCAACAAGGAAGCUCUCUUGGUGUCAAACCCUUUCUCUGCUUCCACUGAAUCAGGCUCCUACCUGUCAGAACUAGUUUUGUUCUUCCCUCCCAUGCCCCACGUCUUCACCAGUGCACCUUAGCCCUGACACUGAGCCAACCUCUGGAGGGAGACCUUUUUCCUAUAAGAAAAGGAGACUGGGAGCGAUUCCAAAGGCCAUCGGGACCGGUUACAGCAAGGCUGGUCUGAACACACCGUUCAGACAAAUGUAAAUACUGGUGUAACUAUUGUUCUAAUGAAUAGGCUUUAGGUGAUUCGCUAGAGAGCUGCUUCAGAGAAAACAAAACCCCAGUACCUCAAAAAUACAUAAAAUAAACUAGGGCUUUAUGGCUGCCACAUGCUGGUAGUGAGUUCAUAAACAAUGUGAACAAGUAAUGACUGGCCACGUUUAAUUUUAUUUUUUUUUAAAGCUGUCCACGCACAAGUGUUUCAGUUGGCUCAGCAGCAAUUCUUAAAAGAUGAAUGAACCAUACUUAGGACUGUUUCCCCCAGUCUUUUGAUAAAGUAUUUGUAUUUUUGAUACUCAGCUGGCUUCUGGGAGAGGGGUAGCUGCUUUGGCUUCUAAGCUAUAAAGGAGUGGUUGAUACAUAGAGCUACAUGCAAGAGAAGUGGCUGGUGUGAGUGGCCACAACACACUUUUCAUGCCCAUUAACAAUUCAAUUGCUGAAAAACAAUUCAAAUAUUUGGGGCUUUUUUAAGGUAAAAAUGAGCUGGGGUGGGCUUUUGUCAUUAACUGAGCAGUUCCGGGGUGGAACUGCAGAUGCUCAAGGCUCUACCACAUCCUCACCCUCUGUACCCCAGGGCAGACAUCGCCAUCUCGAGGAGGUGUCACAGCCCUGGUUUCACAGGAGACGAGGCACAGCCCUUCCCAUGUUUUUAACAGCGACCCAGCUGCUUCCCCUCCCACCUUGGCUGCUGCUCACCUUGGGCUCCGUGUGCACAUUGCCAUGAGAGGUUUAUGGUCAGCGAGGGAUGGUAGCCGAGCCACCGUGUAAAGCUGCAUCCUUCCUGCCCCCAGGGCCUUCCCCAGCACUCCUCAGAACACCUUGAGGGGAAACUGUAUUCUUUUGUCCCAUUUCAGUGCAGGCAGCUGAAAACUCUAGUAACAAAUAAUUAACCCUGGCCAACAGCUUUAAAAAAAAAAAUCGUCAGCAGCAAACUGAAGCCCUAAUUCAAGUCAGCAGCUUGGGUUAUGUUUGGGGUUUUUUUACUGUAAGUUUAGCUAGUUUGUGACUCAAAUCUCAGGUUUUACUAUAUUGAAAAGUGGAGAAGAUUUUUGUCAUUGUUUUGUUUUGUGGCUAGGAUGUGACUUUAAUUUCCUACAAUGGACCGUUGAAAAUAGCACUGAAAGCUACAGCAUUGAUUAACUUGAUCCUAAAAAGUGCAAAAGGCACAGAGAGAGGAGGCACCAGGAGUCACUGAGCCCCGAGGCUCUUUGUGCUGCGUGUGCAAGAGGCUGGACAAAGGGCCUGGGCAAGGGAGAGGCUGACAUCACCCUGGACACCGUGUCAGGUGCUGGCUGUUCACUGAACGUGCUGCCACUUGUCUCUGUUUACAUCUCCAGUGGAAGUGAUUACAUCACAGCUAUUUUCAGCUGUGUGUGUAUUUGCCUAUGUUAACAGCUGAGCAGGGCUCCUCUCAGCCACAUUUCAGGAAAAGCGGGUGGCUUUGAUUUAAACCAGUUAAUGGGAGUUAGCAUGUAUCAAUCCCUAGAGGCAGAAACAGAUUCUUCCUCUUGUGCUUCCUCAGACACAUGUGUUGUCCCCUUCUUUGUAUGUUUGGGGUUGGUUUGGUUGAUUGCCUUUUGAAGAACUGAAAUCUGGUCUUGUGGCUCCUCGUGAUUCCCAGUGUGUUCUGGAUGAAUCCAAGGUGGAAGCUCAGUACUUAGAGGGGGCAGGUUCCCAUAGGAGGAAGCCUUAACCCCGUGUCCUGCACAGGGUGGUGCCCUGGCUCAUACCUGAACUAGAGUCCUAUCCCUGAACAAUACUGGAAAUGGUUUGCAGAAGGCUGAAAAGCAAAGUGGAGGAUGCGAGAGGGAAAAAUGUGUACAUAUUCAGUAUGAAUAUAACGUAUGGCAUUUGGUGUGUGGCAUAAUUGGCACGUUUGGUGUAUGGCAAUGGUGAAAUGGUUCAGAGAGAUGUGAGUUUCUCAUCUUGUUGUGUCAUGAGCAUUACAUGUAUGUUAUGAUGAAAUAAAAUCAGAAAUGGUACCUGUUUAUACAGAA